AUGGAAGUUGACUGGCUCGUCCAGCUCCUGACUGUGGUCCUCACUUUGCUCGUAGUUCUUGUUGUCAAAGAUGUCAAUGCCUGGUGGAACUCAUCUCGCAGUACCAGCAGUGCUCAUGAGGGGCCUAUGCUGGGAACUCAGAAAACCGAAGAGGUGGCGGUGAAGGAUGCAGCCACUGCUGAGCCCUCGUCGGGAGAUGGAGCAACCACACCGGCGGUCCUGGACCAGGGCAGCAAGGACGAUGGAGCCCCGUGCCAGACCAAGGACGCUGGUGAUGGCGCCUCCCAGGUGCCUGCCACCAAAGAUGAUGGUGAUGGCGCCUCCCAGUUGCCUGCCUCACCUUGUAAGGAUGGGACUACGGACACAGCAGGCACACCGCAGAAGCCAGCUGUGGAUGGCCCACCUCAGGAAACUACGAAGGUGACUAGCCCGGCGAGUAAGCUGCAAGAGUCCGUCAUGCAGGAGCUGCAGGAGUGCCACACUACGGUCAAGAACUUUGCAGCCAACAUGUCGAGGCUCCUCAACGGGAUCACGAGUGUGGCUCCCAACCUGGCUAAGGUCCAGACGGAACUGGAGAAUAGCCAGAAAGCAGCCAGUGCCUUGGAAGCUACAGUAGCCAAGUCCCUCGCCAAAAUGGACAAGGCCAAGGACAACUCCGAUGAUCUCAAGGAGCUGGUGAAGCGCACAUCUGGCCUGGAGAGCAUUGUUGGAGCGGUGACGGCGAAGAUGGGACCUUUGGCCCAGAGCGUGGACAGCUUCGGCAAGAGCUCUGACUCUCAGCUCAAGGACACCUUGAAGAGUGUGGCGGCGGUCGCUAGCUCCUCGAAGCAACAAAGUGCGGACAUCGCGGCCCAUGUCACUGCCAAGACGGCGCUCCUGGAGGCGGGUUUGAAGGAGGUGCUGCGGAAGAUCACGGCCACGGACUAUGACAGCCAUACGAGUGUGACUGGUCAUAUCAAAGACCUGGCCAAUCAGGUCUACGAGCUUGGCCAAGAACUACUUGCAGCCUUGAGCUUCCAGCAAAACGAAGCUGCGACCCAGAAGGAGAACCUCUUCCAGAUGGCCACGGCAAUGGCGGAUAUCUCCGAGCAAAUCCGCAUCGUCCGUGACUACUGCGAGCGGCCAGUCCCUGUGGCAAUGAGCUCCCACCCGACGGAGAGGCCGCCAAUGCCGCCUCCAGCAUAUGAGCCGAACCUCCACCGGAUGGGACCUCGCCAACUCCACUUGGACACGGCGCUCCCUGCUACGAGACCCUCUACGGUGUCCUCGGUCCGAGUGGACACAGGAGAUGGCCGCAGUGUGACCAUCCCGCUGUCGUGA